UUGAGUUGUGGACAGGCCCAAAUGAUGACACUAAACCCAACCCUAAGAGAGACGAUUUGUUCUUCUUCUUCUUUGUCGUCGUCGUCUUCCUCAAUCUGCGCUGCGAUCUCUCUCUCUCUCCCUCAGAUUCCCUUAUCUUGUCGAUUACUUUCUCUGAGAUAAUGUUGACGGAAACACCAUUUAGGCCAAGAGAGAAGCUUCUGGAGAAGCAGAGGUUGUUCCAGAGCAUCCAGAGGCACACUUACUUGAAAGGACCAAUGGACAAGGUCACCUCUGUUGCCAUUCCUCUUGCCUUGGCUGCAUCUUCUCUCUACAUGAUUGGAACAGGAGUCUACAACAUGUCCAACGGAAUUGGGAAGAAGGAAUAAGCAAGCAGCUUCUUCUUCUUCUUUUUUAAUUUUCUUUUUAUUGCUUUUGAAGGGUUCUCUAUGUACCCAGUGGCUGCCAUAUAAGACUGAAGUUUGCACUGGUCUUUGUGAUUCCGUUUUGCCAAAAUAAUAAUCUGCUUAGUCGCAAGACAAUGUCAGAAAGCUGAAAGAUGCUUGAUGUGAAAAAGUUUCAAUGUUACUUUUGUUAACGACUA